CGAAAUGAGAAGACACCAGGGAACCCCCUGAAGAGGGGGGUAGUCACUCAUCGGCACAACAGUGAAAGCAACAGACUCACUCUUCAUACCAGAAGCACCUGACAAAGAAGUCACAAAGUCAUCUCCAGACCCAAGCGGAGGGGGAGGGAGGGCACGAGCAGACAAACUCGAGGAGCCGCGCCAGUGAGCGGCCGAGGCCACCUUUCGAAAGCCUGACCGCAGCCGGCUCCCCCUCCAGGCCAGCCCCACAUCCCUCCGAAGGCAGGAGGACCAUGCGGCAGUAGCAGCCAUGCUGCCCUUCUUGCUGGCCACACUGGGCACCACGGCCCUCAACAACAGCAAUCCCAAGGACUACUGCUACAGUGCCCGCAUCCGCAGCACUGUCCUGCAGGGCCUGCCGUUUGGAGGCGUCCCUACCGUGCUGGCUCUCGACUUCAUGUGCUUCCUUGCAUUGCUGUUCUUAUUCUCCAUCCUCCGGAAGGUGGCCUGGGACUAUGGGCGGCUGGCUUUGGUGACAGAUGCAGACAGGCUUCCGCGGCAGGAAAGGGACCGAGUGGAACAGGAAUAUGUGGCCUCAGCUAUGCACGGGGACAGUCAUGAUCGGUAUGAGCGUCUCACGUCUGUCUCCAGCUCCGUGGACUUUGACCAAAGAGACAAUGGUUUCUGUUCCUGGCUGACAGCCAUCUUCAGGAUAAAGGAUGAUGAGAUCCGGGACAAGUGUGGAGGCGACGCCGUGCAUUACCUGUCCUUCCAGCGGCACAUCAUCGGGCUGCUGGUCGUUGUGGGCGUCCUCUCCGUGGGCAUCGUGCUGCCUGUCAACUUCUCAGGGGACCUGCUGGAGAACAAUGCCUACAGCUUCGGGAGAACCACCAUUGCCAACUUGAAAUCAGGGAACAACCUGCUAUGGCUGCAUACCUCCUUUGCCUUCCUGUACCUGCUGCUCACCGUCUACAGCAUGCGUAGACACACCUCCAAGAUGCGCUACAAGGAGGACGACCUGGUGAAGCGGACUCUCUUCAUCAAUGGAAUAUCCAAAUAUGCAGAGUCAGAAAAGAUCAAGAAGCAUUUUGAGGAGGCCUACCCCAACUGCACAGUUCUAGAAGCCCGCCCAUGUUACAACGUGGCUCGUCUUAUGUUCCUCGAUGCAGAGAGAAAGAAGGCCGAGCGGGGAAAGCUGUACUUCACAAACCUCCAGAGCAAGGAGAAUGUCCCCACCAUGAUCAACCCCAAGCCCUGUGGCCACCUCUGCUGCUGCGUGGUUCGAGGCUGUGAGCAGGUGGAGGCCAUCGAGUACUACACAAAGCUGGAACAGAAACUGAAGGACGAGUACAAGCGGGAAAAGGAGAAGGUGAACGAGAAGCCUCUUGGCAUGGCCUUUGUCACCUUCCACAAUGAGACCAUCACCGCCAUCAUCCUGAAGGACUUUAACGUGUGUAAGUGCCAGGGCUGCACCUGCCGCGGGGAACCACGCUCCUCGUCCUGCAGCGAGUCCCUGCACAUCUCCAACUGGACCGUGUCCUACGCCCCUGACCCCCAGAACAUCUACUGGGAACACCUUUCCAUCCGCGGCUUCAUCUGGUGGCUGCGCUGCCUGGUCAUCAAUGUCGUCCUCUUCAUCCUCCUCUUCUUCCUCACCACUCCGGCCAUCAUCAUCACCACCAUGGACAAGUUCAACGUCACCAAGCCCGUGGAGUACCUCAACAACCCCAUCAUCACCCAGUUCUUCCCCACCCUGCUGCUGUGGUGCUUCUCGGCCCUGCUCCCCACCAUCGUCUACUAUUCUGCCUUCUUUGAAGCCCACUGGACACGCUCCGGGGAGAACAGGACCACCAUGCACAAGUGCUACACCUUCCUCAUCUUCAUGGUGCUGCUCCUGCCCUCACUGGGACUGAGCAGUCUGGACCUCUUCUUCCGCUGGCUCUUUGACAAGAAAUUUUUGGCUGAGGCAGCUAUUCGGUUUGAGUGCGUGUUCCUGCCGGACAACGGCGCCUUCUUCGUGAACUACGUCAUUGCUUCAGCCUUUAUCGGCAACGCCAUGGACCUGCUGCGCAUCCCGGGCCUGCUCAUGUACAUGAUCCGGCUCUGCCUGGCGCGCUCAGCCGCCGAGAGGCGCAACGUGAAGCGGCAUCAGGCCUACGAGUUCCAGUUUGGCGCAGCCUACGCCUGGAUGAUGUGCGUCUUCACGGUGGUCAUGACCUACAGUAUCACCUGCCCCAUCAUCGUGCCCUUCGGGCUCAUGUACAUGCUGCUGAAGCACCUGGUAGACAGGUACAAUCUCUACUACGCCUACCUGCCCGCCAAGCUGGACAAGAAGAUUCACUCGGGGGCUGUGAACCAGGUGGUGGCCGCACCCAUCCUCUGCCUCUUCUGGCUGCUUUUCUUCUCCACCAUGCGCACGGGGUUCCUAGCCCCCACGUCCAUGUUCACAUUUGUGGUCCUGGUUAUCACCAUUGUCAUCUGUCUCUGCCACGUCUGCUUCGGACACUUCAAAUACCUCAGUGCCCACAACUACAAGAUUGAGCACACAGAGACAGAUACCGCGGACUCCAGAAGCAAUGGACGGCCUCCCACUGUUGCCGCUGUCCCCAAAUCUGCGAAAUACAUCGCUCAGGUGCUGCAGGACUCAGAGGGGGAUGGGGAUGGGGUUCCUGGGAACUCGGGGGACGAGCCCCCGUCAUCCUCGUCCCAAGAUGAGGAGCUGCUGAUGCAGCCUGACGGCCUCACGGACACAGACUUCCAGUCUUGCGAGGACAGCCUCAUAGAGAACGAGAUUCACCAGUAAGGGGAGGGAGGGGCCCUGGAGGCCACGCCCUGCCCCCCCCCCCCC